GCACGUCAUUUCAGUCAGGCGCGAUUCGGGGCAGCUCCUAGGGUCCUGAUUCCGCCGCGUUAGCUUUAGCGUGUAGCUCGUCGCGGGAGUCUCCUUCGUCUGUCGCCGGUGCUUCGUGACCCGGUCCCGCUGCACGGGUUCGACCCGCAUCCUCCGAUAUAAUGGCUGUUCCUCCAGCGUACGCAGACCUGGGAAAGGCUGCCAAGGACGUCUUCAACAAGGGCUACGGUUUCGGGACGGUGAAGCUCGAUGUCAAAACCAAGUCUGCUAACGGUGUGGAGUUUAAAACCUGUGGCGCGUCUAACAUGGACUCAAACAAGGUCAGCGGGAACCUGGAGACCAAGUAUAAGUGGGCCGAGUACGGCCUGACCUUCACAGAGAAGUGGAGCACGGACAACACGCUGGGCACGGAGAUCACCGUCGAGGACCAGAUCACCAAAGGACUGAAGCUGACCUUUGACACGACCUUCUCGCCGAACACCGGUAAGAAGAGCGGCAAGGUGAAAACGUCUUAUAAGCGUGAGUACGCCACCGUGGGCUGUGACGUGGAUUUCGACUUCGCCGGUCCGGCCGUCCACGGAGCGGCGGUGCUGGGAUACGAGGGCUGGCUCGCCGGAUACCAGAUGACCUUUGACACGGCCAAGUCCAAGAUGACUCGAAGCAACUUCGCAAUCGGAUACAAGACCGGAGACUUCCAGCUGCACACUAAUGUGAACGACGGGACGGACUUCGGCGGCUCCAUCUACCAGAAAGUGAGCUCUGAUCUGGAGACGGCGGUGGAUCUGGCCUGGACCGCCGGCAACAACAGCACUCGCUUCGGCAUCGCCGCCAAAUACAUGCUGGACUCCAGCUCCUCCAUCAGCGCUAAAGUGAAUAACUCCAGCCUGGUCGGGAUCGGUUACACACAGACCCUCAGACCAGGAGUGAAGCUGACUCUGUCUGCUCUGGUCGAUGGAAAGAACAUCAACGCUGGAGGUCACAAGCUGGGUCUGGGGCUGGAGCUGGAGGCGUAACACCCGGCCGGGCGUCGUGUUCCUCACGGGAUCAUCCCAAAGGGAAGAGUCGAACCCAAACCUGCGCCUCGUCUCUUAUUUAUUUGCAACACUACCUUUACUAUCGAUAUUUCUCUCCAAACCGGCGCUUUUCGACCCGCGUGUGCUUUCCUCUCCAGGCCAGUUUUAGUAACGGUUUACCAAAAAUGCAAAUAUUAUAACUCGCUCAUUCUCGUGUUGGUGCAAACCUGAACGUUUAUGCCGCUCUCGCUGUCAAGCUCCAAAAAACACACACACACACACAAUGUACUUCUAAACGAAGCGUUCUGAUAACUUUGUGUGAGAAACAUGUAGUAUACACCCUGGUCAUUUUGACUUUGUGCCGUUUUUUGGAGCUUGACGGGCCGUUUUUGUGGGAAAAAAAGAGGAGCGUGAUGUUCAUUUUGGAUGGACGUGAGGGCGAGCGACUGACUUUGGCCUGGACUUCUUCUGAAUGUAGUUGAUGAUUUGCACACGGAGCGUCUGGACGCUUUUGUCGGCUGUUUGUUGUGGUUAGCUCAGCUUCAUCAUCCUUCGCUCUCUGCAUUCAGGCUUUAUGGUGUUCAAACGGGUUCUUUAGGCGUGAGAUGACCUCACUUGACCUCUCCAGAAACACAGACACGGAUGAGGGAGACGAGAGGCUUUCCCUGCAGAACCGCACAAACCCUUCUGUAUGUCGACCUUUGCAAUAAAGUACUAAAACUGGAA